AUGUUAAAAUUGGGGUUAAAAAGGCUGAUAAUACCUGUGAGACGGUUACAAUUACUACGAUUCAAUUCAUCUACUGCAUCAUUUACUCAAUCAGAUUCACCUUAUGAAUACAUAAAGGAUUAUCCAACGUUAUAUGAACAAAUUAAGACUAACAUAACUUCAAAUUCAGAUAACGACUCAAUACUAGAAGCUGUCCGAAGUAUAAAAUUAUUACAGUCUAAGUAUCCAAUACACGAUCAAUUAGAAGCUAACUCAAAAUUGACUACAAAUUCAAUUAGUAUAAUAAAUUUAAUUUUCCAAAAUAAAAAUUCAUUAUCACCAACUUUAUUAAAAGAAUUAUUUACAUUAAAUUUACCAACUAUAAUAAAUUUAAAAAUUAUAAACUUAUAUUAUGAAUUAAAUCCUGGAUCAAAAACUAUAAUAGAUAAGGAAGUUGCAUUAAUACCAUUAAGAAAUGCAAUUUUUAAUGCUGAUUUUGCAAAAGCAAUUAAAAUUACAGAUACAACAGUUGGACAUCCAAAUUAUAUAUUAGCCAAAGAUAAAGUAAUGAAGAGCAGUAUUUUAAAAUUAAUUUCAACAGUUGUUGGUAUUACUUUAUUUACAAAAUUUGGAGUCACAUCCCUAAUAGAUUCGGGAUUUUUAUCACCAGCAUGGCAUCAUUUAGGUGCAAUAAAUUCAAUACUUUUAACAUAUAUCAUAAACACUACUUUUUUUGUAUCAAUAGUUAAAUUUGGACGUACUUUAAUCAGUUCAGGUGGUGAUUAUUUAACAUGGCAACAUGGAACUUUUUAUUCUCAUUGGUUUAAACAUUCAGAUGAAAUGUUAUUUAAUUCUAAAAUUAUAGAAAGUGAUAGAGAUUUGAACAAUGGCGAAUCUUCACCAUACAUUAUUGAAGAAAUAUGUAGGGAAGCACCAGAGACUAGAUCAAAUAGAAAUAUUUUACAUGCUGGAUAUGAUAGAGAUGGUAAUAAAAUAAGAUUAAUGCAACAAAAGGAUGAUUUGGAGAAAAUAAAGUUUCAAGCUUAUUGGAUGACUGGUGGUGAUGGAUUUGAAUGGGUUGAACCUGAUCAAGAUCCUGCUGAGAUUGUAUGGAGAAAUCAUUUGGCUAAAUAUAAUAAACCAGCUUUAGAAAAAAGUGAGGUUGGUGAAUUAGGAUGGGCUGAUGAAUUAAUUGAUGAAAAGAAAUAG